AAGGCAGAUGAAAUGAGCUCCCGGGAGCAUCUUUCUCUGCCUCUCGUGGUAAACUUAGGACUCCGUGUGGGGGGGAUUCGUUGACGGUGACAGGUUGUAAAAGAAGGAAUUCCAUCACUAUUUUUAAAGUCACACGCGGAUCUGGGGGCGUGGAAGGCUGAGCACACAGACCAUUUGGCUCGUGGAACACCACGUUGAAAGUGGUUUAGCCUAUGUGGAUUGUUGUACCCGCUCUAGCUGCUUGUAGUGCUCCAGCAUUCCCAAAACCAUUUGGACACAAAACGGUUCGUGCGGUCGUGCUCAUUGGUACGGUAUUACUUUGUUUUCAAAUUAUAUUUUCUGUCAAUUUCCCAUCCGUGGAAAAGCCUACGGCAAUACUUUCUAAUCCGACUGUAUGGAUUUUUUUUUUUUUUUUUUAAACAAAUCAUGUUCUCUGCCUAAAGCUAUUGUUUAUGGUGACCACUUGUGAGCCAGGCAUGUCAAUAUGGACGAGUAACAUCGAUGGCGAAAUGACACCGGGGAUUUAAUAGCUGUCACCGCAGCCACUGAAAUCAUAUCCUGCAAAUAUUGGCAGGUGACAAAUUCACCUGGAUGUCAGCCUACUUCUUUUCACUGACCCUUUUCAACAGACGGGGUUAUUGUAUAUAGCACAGGGACCGCACAUCUUCCAUGUUCCCUAAAGGAAAUAAUACGAUUUUGAACUGCAUACUGUUGAUUGGGAUUGAGUCAUGGAUUACAACAUUUGCAUUGUCCAUUCUUCGCGUGUUCUCGAUGCUUAGACCGCAUUAUUUGCGAUCAGAUUUGGUGAUUUUCAUUUGCAUUUAACAAUGAGAUUUCAAAUCCGUUUGGGAAAGUAGUUAUAGGUGAAGUGUUCUGUUCUGCAUUCUCUACAUUACUUACAACACCCAAACAUGACAAGCACCGGACCCAUUAUCGUGUUUGAGUGGCUGAAGACCCUCCAGCUCUCUAUGUAUGUGGAGUCCUUCGUAGAUAACGGCUACGAUGAUCUGGAAGUUUGCAAACAAAUUGGGGACCCCGACCUGGAUGCUAUCGGUGUAUACAUACCGCACCACCGGCAACGGAUCCAUGACGCGGUGCAAAGGCUGAAAGACGAGGAUAAGGAAACUGCGGCUGGGCUGUAUUUUACGCUUGAGCCGAUGCCCCCCGCUUCUGAAAUGUACACCAGGCAUCUGGUGGACCAGUACGAUUCCAAACUGCGGGCGUCCAAGUCUUGGACCGAAUCGAACAGUGACCGGGUGGGGGGAAAAGGGGGCGCGUAUCUGGGCGCACAGAGGAACCUGACGCUUGGCAAGCGGAGGGAGUUGGUGAUUUACCCCAAAUUGAAGCUGAAGAUCAUGAUUAGAGAUAAACUAAUCAAAGAUGGAGUCAACCUCGCCAGGCCGCCAUACUCAAACAAGGAUGGUUCUCUGGGGAACAUUGAUGACCUGGCCCAGGAGUACUCAGAGUACUACAACACCUCAUUCAGUGACGUAAGCGACCGCAUGGAGGAGCUACGCAAGAGACGUGUGUCCCAGGACCUCGACAUGGAGAACAUUGACACAAGCUCCACCACCGCGCAGCUUCGCUCAGAGAUCCAAGAGUCCCUUGGCUUCAGCAGUGAGGUGUCCACUCCAGAGACAGAGAGAAAGAUGUCUCUGCAGAAGUCCAGCUCUGAAGACGGAGGCAAAUGGGACAAUAAGAAGAAGAACAAGUCCUUCUGGCAGAACUUUCGCAAGACAUCACAGAAGGGAGUCAUGCGGCAGACUUCGAAAGGUGAGGACAUAGGCUACGUGGCCAGUGAGAUCACCAUGAGUGACGAAGAGCGCAUCCAGCUGAUGAUGAUGGUGAAGGAGAAGAUGAUCACUGUUGAAGAGGCAUUAGCUCGGCUGAAGGAGUAUGAGAGCCACAGCAGACAGUCCAGCAGUACUGACACUGCAGAGUGGACUGACGGAUCCAGUCCCAAUCUAAACCAGUCCUCUAACUGCAACUCUCGGGAGCAGUCUGAUGAUGAGCAGUCAGAGGACUCUGUGAAGUUCAAACGGCUCCACAAGCUGGUCAACUCUACCCGCCGUGUCAGGAAGAAACUCAUCAAGGUGGAAGAGGGGAAGAGACCCACCCCUGAAGAUUCUUUGAGACUGGAGGUGUCUUCGACCUGUGAGGACAACACAGCCCUGUACACAGGGGUCCUGAAGAAGUCCAGCCUGCCCCAGGAUGCCUUCCUGUCCUCCCUGACCCAGGACCAGCUCUCUCUGGACGGGGACACAGACAGCCUGACCACCUCCCCUUCCUCCAGCAGCCUGGACACCACCUGGUCCGGACACAAGCUGGUCAAGACCUUUUCUAAGUCCAGCAGCACCCACGGCCUCAUCCGACCCCCCAGGAAAGUCCCUGCUGGGUCUGGGCGUCUGGGAGCCGUCGGGGUGGAAGAUAGUGGUUCCUCCUUCUCGGAGCUGGACGGCUGUGGAGCCGAGGAAGAAGAGAAGGUGUCGUGCUCCAUGACGGAGGGCGAGAUGAGGAAAGCCAUGACCUCUCUCUCCCACGGGAGGACGUGUAGUUUCGGAGGGUUUGACCUGUCCAACCGGUCACUCCAUGUGGUCAGUGCAGGCUCGGAGCCCAAUAGUAAGUAUCCAGAGGCUGUAUACCGGGAGGUAGUCAAGUCUCCCAUGACGUCUCGUAUCUCUCUGGGGAAGAAGGUCAAGUCUGUAAAAGAAACCAUGAGGAAACGGAUGUCCAAGAAGUACAGCAGCUCACUGUCUGAACAGUCGAGCCCAGAUGGGGCACCCAGCUCCCCCCAGUCCCCCCAGCCAGACACAGAUUCCCUGGAGAAACCCAAACUGAAGGCUGGAGGAUCAGUAGAGAGCCUCCGGAGCUCCCUCAGCGGACAGAGCUUCAUGAGUGGUCAGACGGUCAGCACCACAGACUCGUCAGCCAGUAACAGAGAGAGUGUCAAGUCUGAGGAUGGAGAUGACGAGGAGCCUCCUUACAGAGGGCCCUUCUGUGGCAGAGCACGAGUACACACUGACUUCACCCCUAGCCCCUAUGAUUCAGAUUCCCUCAAACUAAAGAGAGGGGAUGUGAUUGACAUCAUCAGUAAGCCCCCCAUGGGGACAUGGAUGGGUCUGCUCAACAACAAGGUGGGCACCUUUAAGUUCAUCUAUGUGGACGUGCUGAGUGAGGAGGAGGAGAAGCCCAAGAGACCCGUCAGAAGGAAGAGGAAGGGCAGACCUCCCAAACCCACCUCUGUAGAGGAGCUGCUCGAACGCAUCAACCUCAAGGAGCACAUGCCUACCUUCUUAUUUAACGGCUAUGAGGACUUGGACACCUUCAAGCUGUUGGAGGAGGAGGAUCUAGAUGAGCUCAACAUCAGAGACCCUCAACACAGAGCUGUGUUGCUCACCGCCGUGGAGCUACUGCAGGAGUAUGACAGCAGCAGUGAACCGGAGCGUAGCGGCCUGUCAGGCUCUCAGGAGAAGCUGCUGUCAGAGGGCCACGGCCUGGUGGGCGACUCGCCACGUGACUCUGGCUGCUACGAAAGCAAUGAGAACCUGGAGAAUGGCAAGAGCAGAAAGACAUCUCGCUCCAACCGCUCCUCUGUGGGCCUCCAGUCUCCAGACUACCCCACCCUGCCCAUGACCCAGUCCACUGAGGCCCUGCAGCAGAGCAAGAUGGAGCGCACAGUCAACUUCACCAAGCACUUCUUCCUCAAGCCCACCUUGAGGGGCUUGAGCAUGCUGGGGCUGAGGAAGGGCCCCCGCCAGACCCCCAUGCCAGCCAGUCUCAGCUGCGAGGACCUGGACGGGCCACUGGAGGCCACCAGCCCCCAGGCCUGGAAGAGAUCCCACUCCCUGGGGGACCUCCACUUGGAACAGGCCUUCCACCAGAAGAAGGACCACAGCCUGGAACCCAAGCACGCUAAUGGUGGCUCCAAGUUGGGCACCACCAGCCCAGUGAAGGGCCUCCAGGCUCAUGGAGAUAGGGGUUCACCACCGGCUCAGAAUGGGGGGAUUGCUGUGAGCCCUAAAGGACGUUCUGACCUCCCCCCUGUGCCCUCCCAGCUGCCCCUCAGACCACCCUGUUCCAUUGCCUUGCUUCCCCAGCCCCAGAAAAGCCUGCCCAACCUGAUCUCCAGCCCUCCCGAAACCCAGCUGGGGGAGAGAAGCAUCUGGAGUCACCCCAAAAAGCCCCCAGUGCCCCCUCCUGUCCCAAUCAAGAAGUCCAAGGAGUGCCUAGCCAAUGGGAUAUGCCACCCCUCUCUUGUCCUCUCCUCCCCAACUCAUUCCUAUUCCUCCACCAACUCUCAUCCCCCCAGCCCUGUCAUCAGCAGCCCCAGUUCCAGGGCUCCAGCCCUCCCCAGUAAGGCCUCUAGUACCCAUAUCUCCCCCUCUCCAGCUAGCCCUACUCCAGCCUCCCCUGCCUCCACCACCACCCCCUCUCUAGAACCAGAGGAACCAGGCACACCCCCGGCCGUGCCCCCUCCUUGGCUGUCUGACCUGCCCGAGUCGGCCUGCCCUCAGGCUCAGAUCCAGGGGGGUAGUGGCAAGAUGACGGUGGCCAGGAAGGUGUCCCAUGUUAAGAUGGCCGUCGAUCUCCACACCGUGCUGGAGCAGAGACUGGAGGCCGAGGGCAUUGACCUCACAGAGGAACCCUACUCAGACAAGCAUGGUCGGUGUGGUAUCCCCCAGCCCCUGGUGCAGCGCUACAGCGAAGACCUGGAGCAGCCAGUGAAAGAUGUUGCCCCCGCCAUAGACCAGGUCCGCCUCAAGCUGCUCCGCAAGCAGCACCGCAUGGCUAUCCCGUUUGGAGGUUUAACAGAGAUGUGCAGGAAGCCUCUCUCCCCGGGUCACUUGAGCACCGUCUCUGAUUGGUUGGUGUCCAUCGGCCUGCCCAUGUACACCACGUACCUGGAAGCAGCAGGAUAUGACACGUUGGGGCACGUGUCAUCUCUCACGGAGAGCGGUGUGUGGGAGGCGGGGGUGAGGGACGAGAGACACGCCCGUAGACUGGUCAGCGAGGCCCGUUUGGUCAGCGCACACAGAGAUGCGCAGUCAUAACUGUGACAGUGGAACCAAUGCAGGUGAAACUCGGAAAGUUGAACGGCUAUGUCAUGGCUGACAUAGUUGAGACUGAAACACAGUUGCAAAUAAAUGCAGAACUGAAUAACUGUGCAAGUGACCACAGCACAGCUUUCAACAGUUAUUGAGGCUUUUGACUGGACUGCGGAUGGCUCGCUGUUGCAGCCCAGCCCACACCUGAAACUUAAGAGCAGAAAAGCUGUUCUUAUUCCCCCAUGUCUUUAUCAAUCUAUAUCUGUCUUGUUUACGGUGAAAUUGUUCCCGACUGUCGAGAACAGUUAUCAGAUGCCUUUAAAUCUCUCUCUCUCUCUCUCUCAUAUCCUCCCCAGUCUUAUAACUCAAGACUGAGAAGUACUGCCUUGAAGGAAAAAUAGCACAGUCUCUCUUUUUUUAUUUUUUUUUUUUUUUUUUAGGUUUGACUUUAUAUAAAGGUAUUAAAGACUCUUUAUCAGUGUUUUCCCUGUGUUUAAUAAGUGCUUAAUUUUCUGCUCUUGUGUGAGACAAAAGCACAGGAGAGUAAUAAGAACAUGUAGCUUGGCCAAAGCAAUUUCUUUUAAAUCAAACCAAAUCAAACUCUAUUUGUCACAUGCGCCGAAUACAACAAGUGUAUAUUUUAACGUGGAAUGCUUACUUAAACAGUGCAGUUCAAGAAGAGUUAAGAAAAUAUUUACCAAGUAGACUCAAAUAAAAAGUAAUAAUAAAAAGUAACACAAUAAGAAUAACAAUAACGAGGCUAUGUACAGGGGGCACCGGUAUUUCAAUGUACAUUUUUACUUUUGUUGUUAAUCCCAUUGCCAAAUGCUAUAGCAAGACUGGACAAUGGGUUUUCUUGCAGUUAAUCAACUAAAAUUUUACACAAAACAUGAAAUAGGCAAACAAUGCUGUUGUAUUGGGAUUUCAAAUCAUAAUUUUCUAUCAUGCUAUAGUGUUUUUGUAAUAUACUGUACCAUAUAUUCUAAUUUCAAGGUGUUUUUACAGUAUGUGUGUUCAAUAGUAUUUGUUUGUCUGCUUUGUGGAAUGUCAAUGUCUGAAAUGUCUUCAGACCAUCUCAGUUAAUGUAAGUAGACAGUCAGACAGAUAUCGAUAUGAUUAUAUUGCAGAUUUCAAAACAUAUCUUAAUUGCAUUUAAUCCUCCAAUAUGUAGGUCCUUACAGUAAGGCUGUCUACACAGUACCGCUCUAAUCAUCUUUUCCUUUGCAGACUCCAUAUGUCUAAAUGAGCUCAUUUUAAGUUGCCUUACCAUUAUGUAAAGAAAACAGUUAGAUAAAUAUAUAUUCAUGUACUCAGCAUUAUAAAUAGGCAUUUCAACCCCCAUCCACAUUCCCUUUGACUAAGGCUUGUUUUUUUCACAGCCUCACCAGGCCUAUAUGUUUUGAAUGUGCAAAGGCUUGUAACGACGGUGAUUGUUAGUUUCACACACACACACACACACACACACACACACACACACACACACACACACACACACACACACACACACACACACACACACACACACACACACACACACACACACACACACGAUUAGCUGCCUGCAGAUGUAUGGGAUCAAAGUACACACAUUAGCAGCCACAUAGCUCAACUGGUGGUUUCCUUGUUAAGCACAGAUGCUAAUCCACAGGAAGUCUGAUUUAAACAUAGUGUCCCCAUAUUCAACAGCCGGCCACAGCACCACUCAGUACUACAGUCUUAGAGAGAGACACAGUCAGGGAGGGCAGAUGAGAUUGGGAGAUGGUCACCUCACCUCUGUAGGGACGUACUGAAUCCCCAUUCACUGAAACAGCAGGCCAGACCUGUGAGUCCCAGCUUGGUCCAAGCUUUGUGUGAGUGGAUCCACCCACGUAAUGUCAUUCUACUUGUGUAAGGUACUUCAUAUUGCAAACAAUUAUCCCUAGCUCUCGCGUUUCAAAAUAAAAGUUUGACAGAGUGGUGUAACAUCGGGGAGGCUUUUGCAGUGGACACUCGAAAGAAGUUUGAUGCCUUUUCUCUUCAAUCAUAGUGGUGCUCCAGGUUAGUAGUGGUAGGGGGAGUUUUUCAAGAAACAAAAAUACCUAACAUUGAAGAUUUUUUUGUAAAGAAAAAAUAUUGUCACUGUAAAAUGCACUUUAGAAAGUAAAUUAGAAAAUUCACGCAAAAUUUUCUUUAAGUCCAUAAGCGGACAUUUCUUUUCAGGUAAGGUAAAGGGUUUGAAUGGGUUAUACUGGGAAUUAGUUAUCUUAGUAUUGAGUUCCCAAUGCCAAGUCAAUGUACAAAUGUAAUUAAUAAUCAUUCAUGAAUGAACCUGUUCCAACGACUUAACUUCCAAUUUGUUUUUGCAAUCGUACAAAAAAACAUAAUUACAUAAAUGAAAUGAUUAACAAGAGUUGCACAUUCUGUAUAUGUUAUUUGGUAUUUAAAUAACUUAUUUUGGGGCUUUUCAUAUCAACUGUAAUUAUUAGCUGUACUAUACACAUAGCAAUACCUUCCUGCAUAUUGCUUGAGCUAGUGAAAAGCUACAGUGUGUAAUGUAAAGUAUAAGUGUACAAAUGAUUUUCUUUGGUUUCAACUAUCUAAUGAUUGUCUAUAAAGAUUUGCUUGUGUAUUGAAACAAAAAAUGAUGUCUAUAACUAUGUAAUUCUGAAAUAUAAUAAAAACCAUUUCUUGCCA